UAUACUAAAGUGUUUAUCACGGUAAUAACGAUAUUACGCACCGUUAAUAAAUUUCCGGUUGUUUACAUUUUGGUUUUGACAGAUCUUAAAAAUACUAAAAAUGUCACUUAAUACUGCACACGCGAAUGGUGGUGUUCUUAUUUAUGCUGGAGAAAGAAUAUUGCUGUUCUGUGAUGGAGUUGAGAUGGGAUUUGAGCCAAGCUCUAUCCCACAUUUCAAGGGAAAUAAAAGAGGAACAGUCUAUCUCACUACACAUAGGGUGUUGUUCACAAACAAAAGUCAGAAAGAAUUACUACAGUCAUUUAGUCUACCAUUCCUUCAAAUGAGAGAAGUAGAGCUGGAACAGCCAGUUUUUGGGGCCAACUAUAUCAAAGGGAAAAUGAUAGCAGAGCCAGGAGGUAACUGGACUGGAAAUGGAUCAUUCAAGAUGUGGUUCAAGAGUGGAGGUGCCAUAGAGUUUGGUCAAGCCAUGUUGCGUGCAGGAAGACUAGCAUCAAAGAACAGGCCAGCACAUCCUCCAGCAUAUUCCCCGCCCCAGGGACCAGUGUACCAGGCUCCACCCCCUGCAUACAGUGCUCCACACACAGAAUACUACGCUUGGGUACCAUACACAACAUUCCCCACUGCUCCCCCUCGUAAGUUUUCUUCAUUCUUGACUUUAUCAAAAAAUGUAUAG